UUCAGAAAGGCAGGACAUGUGCACACACAGCCCUAUCCUGAUCACAAUCCAUCCUGAUCACAAUAAAAUCUUCUCAUUCAAUUACAAGACAAAUAAACAAUGACUUCAAUGAGCUGUGAUGCAUUUGUUUGUGGCAAGAUUCUCAACGAGUUGCAUGCUGCUCAUUUAUUUUUGCUUUGAACGCAUAUCAUGUGCUAAUUAUUAAGAGUUUUAAGUUUGCAAGAGACAGAUAAUCAUGGUGACCUUAAUCAACUCUGUAGACACGUGGCUUAGUCAACUUCGUUAGAAUGGAUGUGUUUAGAUCCCCCUUCUUCAUGUUUAGAUUGGAAUAUCCCUGUCCUUAUCCUUGAACAUGGAAAAAAAAAAAAAACUUAAAACUCGUAUUUCAGUCAUUAUAAAAAGUGCGAAGUUAUUAAUAUACCUGAACCAUACAUAUGUGAUUUUUUUCAACAUUUCUUAUUUGUCCUUUUUUUUUUGGAUACAGAUUUUCAGAUGAAUUUUUCACGUUUUUUGUGUGUCAAAAGUGGCCGGGAAAGACUACAGAGCAUUUAUAACUAAAGCUCUUACCUUUAACCUCACAACUUCAGAAAUAGCAAAACCAAAAACAUCUCUCCACCUCACAACACAAAAUCUCAAAAUCUCAAACCCCAAAACAAAAUUAAAAAAUUUAUAUAAAAAACCCAUGUCUUUCAUGAUGAGCAUGACGCCUGGCAUCCCAUCAUCAUCCUCAUCCUCAUCCUCAUCCCCAUCACCCUCACCCUCACCACCAUCAUCACCACCGCUCUCUUCACCGCCAGUAUCACUUCCUGUCCGUACGAUCCCCGGAGCCUACGGCUGGCCGCUUCUGGGGCCCAUCUCUGACCGCCUGGACUACUUCUGGUUCCAAGGCCCUGAAACUUUCUUCAAAAAACGCACUGAGAAAUACAAGAGCACUGUGUUCCGUACAAAUGUCCCUCCGAGCUUUCCUCUGUUUCUCAACGUCAACCCCAACGUUGUGGCUGUUCUGGACGGCAAGUCCUUUUCGUACCUCUUCGACACGGACUUGGUCGAGAAGAAGAAUACUCUUGUUGGUGACUUCAUGCCCAGUGUUAACUUUACAGGGGGCUUGAGGGCCUGUGCUUAUCUUGAUACCGCUGAACCACAACACGCUAAGAUCAAGAACUUUGCCAUGGACAUCUUGAAAAGAAGCUCCAAGGUUUGGGUACCUGAGCUCACUGCUAACCUCUCCACCAUGUUUGACACAAUAGAAUCAGAAGUGUCCAAGGAUGGGAGUGCCAGCUACUUGAUCCCACUCCAGAAAUUCAUUUUCAAUUUCCUCACAAAAUGCUUAGUUGGUGCUGACACAGCAAGCUCACCCAAGAUAGCUGAGUCCGGUUACGCCAUGUUGGACCGGUGGCUCGCCCUCCAGCUCCUCCCCACUGUCAAGAUUGGUUUGCUUCAGCCUCUGGAGGAGAUUCUCCUCCAUUCUUUUGCAUACCCAUCUUUUCUUGUGAGUGGAGACUACAACAAGCUUUACCAAUUUGUUAAGGAACAAGGUAAAGAAGUAGUGAAGAGAGGUGAAACCGAGUUUGGACUGAGCCAAGAAGAAGUAAUUCACAACCUUCUGUUUGUGCUUGGUUUCAACGCGUUUGGUGGGUUCUCUGUCUUUCUACCAACGUUAAUAAGCACAAUAGCUAGUGACACCACCGGCUUACAAGACAAAAUAGUCAAAGAAGUCAGAGAAAAGGCCGGUUCAACUUUGACUUUCGACUCAGCUAAAAAUUUGCCACUGGUUCAGUCUGUAGUAUACGAAACACUCCGGUGCAACCCGCCGGUUCCUCUCCAAUACGCCCGGGCCAGGAAGGACUUUCAACUGAGUUCACAUGACUCGGUUUUUGACAUCAAGAAGGGAGAGUUGCUUUGUGGGUAUCAACCACAGGUGAUGAAGGAUGAGAAGGUUUUUGAUGAACCAGAGACUUUUCAACCGGACCGGUUCUUGAAAAAUAAGGAGUUACUGAACUACUUGUACUGGUCCAAUGGACCGCAGACCGGCUCACCAAGCCAGUACAACAAACAGUGUCCUGGAAAGGACACUGUGACCCUCACGGCUUGCUUGUUUGUUGCUUAUGUGUUUCAAAGAUAUGAUUCAAUCACUGGGACCGCAACUUCAAUCACAGCCCUUGAGAAGGCCAAGUAAGAGAGCAAUGUGAGUGAUCACAGUCGUUGAAAUGGGGAUGUGAUGGAUGAUGAAAUAAUGUAUUUUUGUCUGUUUUUGUAAAUUUGGUGUCGUUUGGGGUUUGUAGUCAAUAAAAGCGGAGAGAUACUUGAGGGAAAAGGGCAAGGUGGGUGUGCCCAGAUUCAUUAAAUAAAAGUGAACAGAAUGUGAAGGGUUUAUUGUGGUGGCGUGGAUCAAGGGUAUCCCCACUCCGCUUGAACUUCUUUGGCUGUGUAUGAUUUGACAAAUUGACACAAAUGAGUUCACAUGCCUUUCAAAAAGCAUGCAUGCCCUCUUGAUGGCAAAUUUCCUUUCGCACACCGAUGUGCUAAGUGCAUAGGUAGUAUCCAAAGUUGGAUGAGCUUUAAGGCAUUGAAUGAGAUUAGGUCCUCCCAAACCAAGAUUAUUAGGAUAGCCAGCAUGAUCUUGCCCCUCAUUUUUUGCAAUAUUUUGUCUAUAGAUCUUGUAGCUUUUUCACAAGAAAUUCUUGUAUACUUGCAAUCUUUGUAUGUAACUUUUCACUCACAGAACAUGAUUAGUAAAACCAUCACAUUCCAAGGAUUGAGAA